UUGUCAGUCACAGCAAAUAAAUAUCCUUCCCCUUUCCUUUCAUUUCAAUAAACUUUAUAUCAGUAUCGGUAGGAAGUGCUUACGAAAUUACUUUGUUUAUCGUUUACGGUCGAUUUGAAACAUAUUGUUAAACAUUUUUUUAAUCGUCUAAUUUUCUGACAUAUCAAGUGAACCUGUUCUUAGACCUCCGAAAAUUCAAAUAAGAUUUCCCCUUGGUGUUUGGGAAUACCCAACACAGGUUUAUUAGUCAUCGUAUAUUUAAAACAUAGUUUAUUCAGUGAGCAAUAUGACGACAGUAUUUGUUGAACUCUCGUUGUGAUAAUAUGGGAUAUUUUAUAUUAAAUACUGACGAAGAUGUAUAUGACGAUAUAACCGAAGACUACGCAAAUACGAUCAUGAAUAUCGCAAUUUUUGUCGUAAUUGCAAUUGCAGUUGUGAUAUUCUUCAUCAUAGCGUGCUGCUGCUGCCGGCGGCGCAGUCGCGGACAAGUGCUGUCACCGCCUGCCCCCGCGCCGCCCGGCCCCGCGCCCUACCCGCAGCAGGAGUACACGGCUUAUCCAGUUCCAGUGGUGACAGCGUAUCCGGUAGCUGCAGCGCCAUAUCCGACGCAGGGUGCUCCGUAUCCGACAUCCGCGUCUCCGUAUCCUGUCGUCAAUCAGAGUUAUCCGGCCACCGGAGCAUCCUACCCGACUGGAGCGCCUCAUCCAACUGGAGGUGCACCAUAUCCGAGCGGUGGGGCGCCGUAUCCGACGGGUGGUGCUCCGUAUCCGAUGGCGGGUGCGCCGUAUCCAACCGGAGGAGCGCCGUAUCCAUCUGGUGGUGCGCCGUAUCCUACAAAUCAACCUUCAGCCCCGAGCGCGCCUGAAGCAAUGGCUCUUCCGCCAUCUUACGACCAAGUAGUCGGCAAGGGUUACCACUAAACUGCGAGCGAGUUUUAGGCUUAUAAGUUGAGAACUAGUUUCUAAGCGUCUGUUAUACCUAGACCUAUAUCUUCAGUCUCCGAUGUUUCCACUUAGCUGGUAUUAAGUGGAUGCGAAUUAAAAUGUUGUUCAUUACAUAAAAAGUAACUAAAUGAUAUGUGGAUUAAAUUAAACUUUACUGUACUCUAAAUAAAUAGAUACAUCCGAAUAUCGAAUUAUUAAAUUAAACGUAUGUUAGAAAAUUAAAAACAUUCAUUCGAUAUUUGUACUUCUAUAACUGUAUUGUCGAUGCACAUCCCUAAUUAAAGUGACACUGACAGCUGUCAAAACGAAUGUCACUUUAUGACGCAUGUCAUCUGUAGAUGGGCCAAUUUAAUAUGUCUAGUGAGCUGUUUAAAAACAUUGAAGAGAUAUUGACUUAAAACAUAUGUGAAACAUUUAGUUGUUAUGAAGAGUCUAGGUUCGUUCGGAUUUUUUUGUGUUUAAAAAGAAAAUAAUUUCACUGUGUUAACAUUGUAACGACGUUCGAUUGACUUGAUUACUAUUCUGCAGUUCUAACUUCAAAAAUAUUAAUAAUUUGAGUUCGUCUUUACAAGGUUACGUUGUUGGAUUUUAAUGUUGUGUGAAAACUUAAUAAAAUGGCCCAUCUAAUAAUAAUAAAUAUUGAAUUAUAUGUUCAAAGUACAUUAGUAAGUUAUAAGAGAAAAGCUCGAUGUCUCAAUGUAGAUAGGCUUUAUAAAAUGUUUAGCGUAGUACACUAUACACUAAAUAUACAUACAUAAUAUAAAACAAGGUAUUUAAUUUAAUGUAAUUAUUCCGAAUUUUAUUUACAAUUUCUAUUAUGUAAUCUAUAGAUGGAGUGAUUUAUUCAACAUUGACAUUUCAAUCUACAUUUUUGACAUGUCAUUUUGUGUUGUAUAUGACAACACUAGGAAUUACGUCAAUAAAAAGCCUUUUUUCGCUCCAAUUUCUGUGCACUAGAUGUCUCUGUCUAUAGGUUUUUGUUAUCUAUGAUGGACUCUUAUAGAAUUUCUUAAGUAUCUUAAAUGUUUUAUGCAUUUUUAUUAUAUCCACAAAUAUAUGAUUAUGACAUAAUUUAUUUAUUCAAAUUAUUGUUUCUGUAUGAUUGUUGUUGAAUGAAUUCUAUUAGAAGUUAAGCUAAAUUUUAUCUGAAACUAUUAAUUUUUGUUUGAUAUUUUAUGCUAAGCUUAAUAUUGAAUUAUUCAAACUUUCGUGAGACAUUAUA